AUGAAGGAGACAGCUGAAGCUUACCUUGGGAAGAAAAUCAAGGACGUUGUUGUCACUGUGCCAGCUUACUUCAAUAAUGCUCAAAGGCAAGCGACCAAGGAUGCUGGCGUUAUUGCUGGUCUCAAUGUUGCCAGAAUCAUCAACGAACCCACUGCUGCUACUAUUGCCUAUGGUCUUGAUAAGAAGGGUGGUGAGAAGAACAUCCUUGUCUUUGAUCUUGGUGGUGGUACUUUUGAUGUUACUGUCUUGACCAUUGAAAAUGGAGUGUUUAAGGUUCUAUCCACAAAUGGUGACACUCACUUGGGAGGUGAGGACUUUGACCACAGAAUUAUGGAUUACAUCAUCAAGCUGAUCAAAAAGAAGCACCAAAAGGACAUCAGCAAGGACAACAAGGCUCUUGGUAAGCUCCAAAGGGAAUGUGAGAGGGCCAAGAGAGCUCUUAGUAGCCAGCACCAAGUCCGUGUGGAGAUUGAGACCCUCUUUGAUGGUGUUGAUUUCUCUGAGCCACUCACAAGAGCUCGUUUUGAGGAUUUGAACAAUGACUUGUUCAGGAAGACCAUGGGACCCGUGAAGAAGGCCAUGGAUGAUGCUGGUCUACAAAAGAGCCAGAUUGAUGAGAUUGUCCUUGUUGGUGGAAGUACUAGGAUUCCAAAGGUUCAACAGCUGUUGAAAGACUUCUUUGAAGGGAAAGAGCCGAACAAGGGUGUCAACCCUGACGAGGCUGUUGCUUAUGGUGCUGCUGUCCUGGGUGGUUUUUUGAGCGGAAAAGGCGGUGAACCAAAGAAGAAGAAGCAUAAGGCGGAAGCUAGGGAGAGGAAGCCAUCUGUGUACACGAGACCACCAUAUACAGGAGAGAAGAAAAGGAGAACCACGAGGAACGCAACUGCGAAAGAGGAUGAUGGAGCUGUAAAGUGGGUGGGACGAAAAGGAAAAAGACCGGAGAUGUAG